AUGAGCACAACCAAGUACACGAAGAUCGGAAUUGUUGGGGCUGGUAGCAUGGGGUCGAUGAUGUGCCAGCUGUUCGCAGAGGCUGGCCCCGAGGUGUCUGUGUUCGACGUGAAGUGCGGCAAUGUCGACACCACAGUCGGCAUGGCGGAGAAGAAUCCAAAAACAAAGGGCAAAGUUAAGGGCUACAAGGACUACGAACAGUUCGUCAUGUCUCUUCCGUCCCCAGGACACCGUCUCCUCGUCUUCAGUAUCACUCACGGCGAUCCCACCGACCAAGUCCUUGAGGCUUUGCGGCCGCACCUUGCCAAGGGCGACAUCAUCCUCGACGGCGGCAACGAGUGGUAUGAAAACACGGAGCGACGCCAGGCCCAGCUUAAACGCGAGCAAAAUGUUGAUCACAUCGGCAUGGGGGUCAGCGGCGGGUACCAAAGCGCGAGGCACGGACCUUCGAUCUCGCCAGGAGGGGACUCCGCCGCACUGAAACGCGUUAUGCCGCUGCUGGAGAAGGUCUCUGCCAAGGACUCGCAAGGCAAUCCGUGUGUCGCCCCCAUAGGGCCUGGCGGCUCCGGGCACUACGUCAAGAUGAUCCACAACGGCAUCGAGCAGGGCAUGAUGGGUGCAGUUGCGGAGGCUUGGGGCUUGCUACGCUUUAACUUGGGAUGCGAGCUCGAUGAGAUUAGCGAAAUUUUCGAGCAAUGGAGCAAUACGCCGGAACUGAAAAGGACGUUCUUGAUCGACAUUGGGGUCGAUAUCUGCCAGAAGCGUGACCCGUCGCUUGGCAAGACUGGCGCAUCUGACAAUGAAGAACAUGUUUUGUCUACCGUCGCAGACAAGGUCGUCCAAGACGCCGAUGGCACCGAAGGUACAGGCACCUGGACUGUCGCCGAAGCAGCUCGUAUCCAUAUUUCUUCCCCGACGAUCGCCGCCUCCCACUUUUUCCGUCUGGCUUCUGCCGACCGCACCGCACGCCUUAAGAUCGGUGAGAGCCUCAAUCUACCCCCUCCGCCCAUCACUCCUCGCACCACUCUGGGCAAGGACGAGAAAUCUCAGUUUGUUGAGGAUAUUCGCAAGGCCGUCUAUGCCGCUUGUCUCGCCUCUUUCACGCAGGGCUUCCAGCUCAUCGCCCGGCAGAGUCAGAAGGAAGAAUGGGGCGUCUCACUCAGCACAUGCCUCAAGAUCUGGCGCGCCGGCUGCAUCAUCUCCUCCGACGGACUGCUGGACGUCUUUCAGCCCGUCGUCGCGGACUUCGACAGCAAGCCCGGCAAUGUCAACGGGUCGGCCGUCGGCAACGAAAUGGCCAAGCCCAAGGAUGCGUCAGCGACGAUCCCUGCACAUCCGCACUUGACCUCCGAGCUCGCGGCGGCCAUGCCAAGCCUCCGCCGCGUGAUGCUUUGGGCGCUCGAGCGCGACGCGCACGUCCCGACCCUUGCGGCGUCGCUCGAGUGGAUUAAGUAUGUGGGCGCGCCGGUGCUCCCGACGAUGUUCAUGGAGGCCGAGCUCGACUGGUUCGGCGCGCACAAGUUCGACAGGUGGGAUUCUGACGCAGGGCGGUUCGGUGGACAGGUGAAGAAGGGUUCGGAGCACUUUGAGUGGAGCCCCGCGUAAGGGCAGGACAAUAUUGAGCUUUCUUGACUCUGUGAGCAUUAUGAGAGGCCAUUACCUUUGAUCAAGGCUUUGCAGUACAAGUUUCUUUUGAGCAAGCGUGAUUGUAGAUAACUAUGAGUUACGGAUGUCCUGUAGCAAGAUUCAACACGUCUAGGAAAUAUCACAUAUAGAUUAUUGG